AUGGGAAAUGUUUUCGGCAGACAGGCACGCCCGAGUCGAGUGACAGAUCAGGACAGGGCGAUAUUGCAACUCAAGCAGCAGAGAGAUAAACUGAAACAAUAUCGGAAGAAAAUCAAAUUACAGCUGGAGCGAGAGAGACGUCUGGCCAAACAGCUCCUGAAGGAUGGCAAGAGAGAACAAGCACUGCUGCUGCUCAAGAAAAAACGCUACCAAGACCAGCUUCUGGACAAGACUGACAUCCAGAUAGACAACCUGGAGCGCAUGGUUCAAGACAUUGAAGUAGCUCAGAUUGAAAUAAAGGUCAUCGAAAGUUUGAAGGAUGGAAAUGACUGUCUCAAGCAAAUGCAUGAGGUCAUGUCACUGGUGGAGGUGGAGAGAAUCCUGGAGGAUACGAAGGAGGCCAUUGAAUACCAGAAGCAAAUAGAUGAUCUCCUGGCAGGCUGUCUGAAAGAGGAGGAUGAGGAUGCAGUGGUAGCAGAGCUGGAGACCCUCACUCAGGGUGAAGACACGGCACUUCCAGAAUUACCCACAGAUCCACAGCCAGCGGUGCCUGAGGGACAAACAGAAAUCAAGACGGAGCGAGAGAUGCUGGCAGCGUAACGUCUGAUCCUACAACCUGGAUCAUCGCUUUGUGUUUAAUCAAAAGAAGAGCUCAGGGAAUUAAAUUGGCUGAAAAGAAGGCUUUCAUGGGGUAUUUUAUUGGCACGCUAGAGAAUCUGUGUUGUGGAGAGUUUUGAAAU